AUGCAUGUGCUGAAAGAAAAGACUACUGAUGUUUUUAAGGGCGACGGAGCUUGUCCAUUAGCACCAGUAUUGUGGGUACUGGCUCUUGGGGGAUGGUUCUUCUCCACUAACGGCAAUGGUUUACCAUUCGGGUCUAUGCCAGAGUGGACCCUGGAUUUCAUCGGAUAUGCGGGUUGCUUCCUAUGCCAAGUUCUUGUCUACCUUGCAACCUGUCACGAGUAUUUAUUGAUUAACGUAUUGAAAGUGUGCGCCAUGACACAUUUACGCAUGCAUUUUAAGCAUCUAAGCAUGAAUCUCAAAGAAAUAGUGGAAAACGCCAAAGAGGUUUACUGCCAAGAACGAGGACUACCCCAAAGUGCGAUGGUUAGCAGUGAUAUUCCAUGGAAAUACCUUCAUAGUCAGAUGAAGGGUGCCCUUACGUACCACGAAUCACUCAUGAAAAUUGCUGAAGUAAUUGAGACAAUCUUCAACAGAUGCAUACUCUUCAAUUUUAUCAUUUUAUCGGUAUUUACAUGUUUAAUACUGUACCUUCUGGUAGACUGCCCGAUCUUUAGCAUCGCGUCUCUUCGUCUCAUUUUUUAUCUACUAAUGGGCUUUUUGCCGUUCUUCAUUGACUGCUACCUCUCUAACGUAGUCAUGAUAGAAAGCGCGGAGAUUGCGUAUUCGUGCUACCAAAUUGACUUCAUCGGCACUGAUUUGAGAUUUCAGAAAAUGAUUAUAAUGGUGAUCGGAAGAUGGCAAAAGUCGGUCAAAUUUACUAUCGGAAAAUUUGCACCGUUGGAAAUCGCUACAUCUCUCACGGUAGCGAAAGCUUCGAUCUCGUAUUUUAUGCUGUUACAGAAUUUGAAGAAGGUCUAA